GUUCAACCGACAUGGUUUGUGAUUUUACACUUUUCGUCACGUAAAUUUCCGUAUUGUCACGACCCUGACAGCUAUCUGCCUUCGCAAUAGUCCUUGUAAUUGUCAAAUUUCAUAUUCUAAAACGUACCAUAACUGAUUGUUUUGCCAUAUUCCACCAUGUCAGGAGUUUUACAAGUUUCAGAAGCUACCCAUCGCGAGGACUUUGUGAAAACACCGAACCAGUCAGGGGUCACAUGGACUUUUGCCGCAGACGAUGACUUGAAUGGACCGUCGCCAUGCCGCCCCAAUCUCAAAUCACCCACCUACAACUGGCUGUCAAACUCCAGAAGUCAAGAAUCGGAAGACAGUGGAGUCAAAUCAUCCUCCCAGAAUGAGGACGAACCGCCGAUUUCUCCUACCUCGACGUCAUCAGAUGACGUCAAAAAGAAGCGGUCAAUUCUUCGGAAGAUGUCGAAUAUCUCCGGGGUUUCCCUCCGCUCCUCCCCUUCCACACCACUAUUUGACUUCCCCACGUUUGACGAACUUUUCGAAACAGAAGGGAAACAGCACAUGAAGUUGUCCAUGCAUCAGAGUAAAUCCGGAUUUCUACGUCAGCAGUCUUAUCCUGGACCAGCGGUAUCUGUAUUAGAUGAAAAUGCUGACGACAUGGAAGCCUCCUUAACACAGGCAGAGGAAUCACGGAGAUCGUUUAAAAGACAGGACAGCGUUUUAUCCCAAAACUUCUCGUCAAUGGUCUACAGGAGCUGGAAAGGGUCCAAGGGGUUCCGAGGGUACCGGGAACGGUUAGGAACCUCUAUUCAUCACCGAUAUUGCAUGUGUUGCAGAUUUGAAAGUACAGUCUUCAUUGGACUUUACCUCUUGGUUGGGAUAUUUCUCUCCUGCUCUGGUGUUGUCUGUUACAUAAACUGUUCGGAUGAAAUUCUGGUGUCUUACUUCCUGAUUGCGGAUGGUGUCCUCUCGGUUUUUGUGUUUCCCAUCCUCGUCAUGGUAUGGACAAAACGCGUCGGUGGCUGUGUCGGACAAGAGGAAAAAGUAGAAUCCGGAUCAUUUUGGAUUUCUUUGCUGGUUUUCAGAAUCCUUUUAACAGCUUCGGGGACAUUUGUAUGUGUUUACCGAUAUCAUUUAUCAGACACGGAUUGGUCGGAAAAAAUUUGCAGAUACGAGUUUUACGCCCUACUGGCUGGAGUUGUGUUCGAAUGGACAUUCUGCGUUGUUGUGAUAUUUCUGCCUCUGUGUGUAUAUUUCAUUCUGUACUUGAUUGCCCCAACAUUCGAACCAAAAUCUGAUUUAAAUGUCAUAACGUAAAAACUAUUUGCAUUCAAAAAACGAUCGUUCUCAGAGACUUGUAUUAUACCGGUACUUAAAGUACACACUUGUAGAAUGUUCAUAGUAAUCAUUUUUGUCAAAUUGUGUUAAAACAGUAUUUUCGAAUGAUAUCGUGAAUGAUAUUAUUUAUCUGAAAAUAUCCUCAUAAAAACAUUCGACAAUUUACAUCUCUAGAUUCUUAUUUUUUAUGUCAAUCAUCGAUUCAUCAUUGUUGAUUAAAAACUGUUAUUGA